AACCCAAACAGGCGCUGUAUAUAAAAAGAUUAGGACGCGGCAGAGGCCGCAAAACUUUACUUUUCCUAAGCUCCACGCUUUUACUAAAAUCUAUCCUCCUCUAUCUCACCGCCUUUUUACCCUAUUCUUUCACCCCCUUUCCCUUACGUUUUUAAAUAGAGCAAGGCCCAUUGUAUCCCCAGCUCAUAUCGAAUAAUAAACACAACAAUGAACACCAUGAGAAUCACUUUCGGCAUUGCUGCCAUCGCCUCGGCCGCCUUCGCCCAGGGCUACAACACCGUCGCCCCCACCGACGUGUACACCUUCAGCCCCCCGGCCUACGUUGCUGUCCCCCCCGCCCCGGUUGUCCCCGACUACACCAGCACCGCUGUUGAGACCACCCCCGCUGCCCCCGCCUACUCCUCGGCCCCCGCCGUCGAGACCACCCCCGUCGCCGAUUACACCACCGAGGUCCCCGCUGUUGAGACCACCCCUGCUGCCCCCGGCUACUCCACCGUUCCCGUUGUUGAGACUACCGUUGCUGGCUACACCACCGACGUCCCCGCUGUAGAGACCACCCCCGUUGUUGAGUACAGCACCUCCGAGGAGUCCACUCCCGUCUACGAGACCACCCCCGUUGAGGAGUACAGCACCUCCGAGGAGUCCACUCCCGUCUACGAGACCACCCCCGUUGAGGAGUACAGCACCUCCGAGGAGUCCACUCCCGUCUACGAGACCACCCCCGUUGAGGAGUACAGCACUUCCGAGGAGUCCACCACCUGCACUGAGACCACCCCCGUCGAGGAGUACAGCACCGAUCCACCGAGACCACCCCCGUCUACCAGACCAUCCCCGUUGAGGAGUACAGCACCGAGACCACCGAGGAUGUUGAGUACGAGACUAUUGUCGAGACUACCUGCACUGAGGAGGUUGAGGAUUCCACCUCCACCCCUGCCGCCUACACCACCGUCUAAGUAUUUGUCUGGUGUUGUACUAACUCUAUCUGCUAGCGGAUAGUGACCUAGUUAAGCGCAACCAAUGUGUAAAUCGACAGCUUCAGUUAAUUUCUCGUUUAUUUUUCUCAUUUUCUAAUUAUCUGCUUUAAUAACAGAACAUAAAAACAUUUAAUUGAGAUUAAUUUCAGCUUUGACUACAUGAAAAUGAUUUUGUUUAUUUUCAUAGAUCCACUGGUUUUGCAGGGGCUCGAUUUCACGAAUGCUUCUUGGUAAUAUAUUGCGAGCUUAAAAUAUUUUUUAUAUGGUAUUGUUUUGCCAUUUGCAUAUAUC